AUGGGGAACUUCCUUCAAGGGGAACUUCCUUCAAGGGGAACUUCCUACAUGGGGACGUCCUACAAGGGGAACUUCCUACAUGGGGACGUCCUACAUGGGGAACUUCCUACAAGGGGAACUCCCGACAAGGGGAACUUCCUACAUGGGAACUUCCUACAUGGGGAACUCCCUGAAAGGGGAACUUCCUACAUGGGGAACUUCCUACAAGGGGAACUUCCAAUAUGGGGAACUCCCUUCAAGGGGAACUUCCUACAUGGGGAACAUCCUACAUGUGGAACUUCCCACAAGGGGAACUUCCUACAAGGGGAACUUCCUACAUGGAGAACUUCCAACAAGGGGAACUCCCGACAAGGGGAACUUCCUACAUGGGGAACUUCCUACAAGGGGAACUUUGUACAUGGGAAACUUCCUACAAGGGGAACUUCCUACAAGGGGAACUUCCUACAUGGGGAACUUCCAACAAGGGGAACUUCCUACAAGGGGAACUUCCUAUUAGGGAACUUCCUACAAUGGGAACUUCCUACACGGAGACUUCCUACCAGGGGAACUCCCUACAAGGGGAACUUCCAACAUGGGAACUUCCUUCAAGGGGAACUUCCUACAAGGGGAACUUCCAAUAUGAAGAACUUCCUUCAAGGGGAACUUCCUACAUGA